AUUUACAUUUUGUGUUGUAGACUACCAUGAAAGGAAAGAAAACACUGAAAAGGAAUGCUUCACCAGAGGAGAGCAAUGGAACCACUGAGACAAAGCGUCCAAAGAUAGUGACCCACCCCUCACAUGGCACAGUUGGAGGACAGGUUUUGGCCCUAGGGCAAGGUGAUGUUGGUCAGCUGGGUCUGGGAGAGGAUGUGAUGGAGAGAAAAAGACCAGCUUUGGUGCCUCUCCCAGAGGAGAUUGUACAGGCAGAGGCAGGAGGAAUGCACACAGUUUGUUUGGGAGCAUCCGGAACUAUUUAUACUUUUGGCUGUAAUGACGAAGGGGCACUGGGCAGAGACACUGCUGAAGAAGGAUCAGAAACGACACCUGGAAAGGUUGAGCUAUCUGAAAAGGUUGUACAGGUGUCUGCAGGAGACAGUCAUACAGCUGCUUUGACAGAAGAUGGUAGAGUGUUCAUCUUUGGAUCCUUCAGGGAUAAUAAUGGUGUUAUCGGUUUGUUGGAGCCCAUGAAGAAGAGUAAUGUUCCUAUACAUGUGGAAAUAAAUGUACCUGUCAUCAAAAUUGCCUCAGGAAAUGAUCAUCUUGUAAUGCUUACCUCAGAUGGUGAUAUUUACACCUCAGGUUGUGGAGAGCAGGGUCAGCUAGGCCGUGUUCCUGAGAGGUUUACUAAUCGUGGUGGGCGCAAGGGCCUUGAGCGACUUUUGAUACCUCAGUGCAUUCACUUGAAAGUUAAAGGGGCUGGCCGUGUGCAUUUCCAGGAUGUCUUCUGUGGUGCAUAUUUCACCUUUGCAGUAUCAAGCGAUGGACAUGUUUAUGGUUUUGGUCUUUCUAACUACCAUCAACUGGGUACAAAGAGCACAAAUUCCUGCUUUGCACCUCAAAACCUGACUUCUUUCAAAAAUUCUACCAAGUCCUGGGUAGGCUUUUCUGGGGGGCAGCACCACACCAUCUGUGUGGACUCAGAUGGAAAAGCAUACAGUCUUGGUCGCUCAGAAUAUGGCCGACUUGGGCUUGGAGAACAGGCAGAGGAGAAAAGUGAACCUACUGUGAUUCCAGAUUUACCCAAAAUUGCAUCUGUAGCCUGUGGUGCAUCAGUCAGUUAUGCUGUUACUAGGGAUGGUAAUGUCUUUUCUUGGGGAAUGGGAACCAACCAGCAACUGGGCACUGGUGAAGAGGAAGAUGUCUGGAGCCCCUGUGAAAUGACCGGGAAGCAGCUUGAAAAUCGGGAAGUCUUAUCAGUGUCCAGUGGAGGACAACACACUGUUCUAUUGGUGAAAAAUCGCAGCUGACCACCUGACCUAUGAACUGCUUCACCAUUGACUGCACCACCUCUAAAAAAAAAUAAAUAUUUUUUUAAUUUUAUUUUGUGCCCUUUCUGUCUGUGACACCCUGUGAGGGGCAUAUUAACCAAUGCAUAUCCAUGUCUGUAGUUUGCCCUUACCUGUGUAUCUCUACAUCUUUGUCUACCAUCUGUGCAGUUUGUGCGGUUUUUCCUCAUUAUACGUAAAAUAGCUAUACAAUCAACAAUGUUCCCUGUGCUUUUCUGUCAAUAUGGUUUUUACUUGAUGAGGCAGAGACAAAGUCCAGAAAACAUACUUUCCUUGUUCCAACUCUUUGUGAGUUUUAUAAUUCUUAUUAAAUUUUAUUUUUAAUAUCCCCCUAAUCACAGAAAGCAAAUUGCUUUAUUUUUUUAGUGUGAGCGAACCUCUUUUGAAUGAGUGUAUGACACUAGGAUAUAUUUCUAUAUCCCAUUUAAAAAAUAAAAUCUGCAUGGCAGGGAUGUAAUACACCUUUUAAACUCUUUGGAAUAAAUCUGUUUUUCAUAA